CACUUGUAGUUUUCAAGCCUUUUUUUCGGAUGCAGAGACAAACAGCGCCAUGGCGCCGACUGCGAUCUUGAUCACUGUGCCUCUGGGCCUCUUGCUUUAUCUCCUUUUCAUCAGGCCGUCUAUCGCAAAAAAGCAAAAGGCACCACUCCCGCCAGGCCCGCCACCGAAGCCACUCAUUGGGAAUCUGCGUGAUCUGCCGUCUCCAGACCAGAAAAACUGGGUGCACUUUCUGCAGCACAGGGAUCUCUAUGGCCCGAUCAGUUCUUUGACUGUCUUUGGACAGACAAUCGUCAUUCUCAACGAUGCGCGCGUCGCAUUCGACCUGCUCGAGAAGCGGUCGAACAUCUACUCUUCCCGGCCAAGGAUGGUCUUCGCAGGAGAAAUGGUCGGAUGGGAGCACAUCCUCGCAAUGCAACCAUACUCUGACAUGUUUCGCGCGUACCGCAAAGCCAUGCACAGAGUCCUCGGCACGAAGAACGUGAUCGCACAAUUCAAUGAGCUGCAAGACGUCGAAGCCCGCCGGUUCCUUCUGCGAGUCCUCGAGAAACCGGGUGACUUGGUGCAGCAUAUCCGGACCGAAACCGGCGCCGUGAUCCUGAAGAUCGCAUAUGGGUAUGAUAUCGAGCCGCAUGGCAAAGAUCCCCUCGUGGCCCUCGCGAAUGAAUCAUUGGCGAACUUUGCUGUUGCAGGAACACCGGGGGCUUGGAUUGUUGAUACGAUUCCAUUCAUGAAAUACCUCCCAUCCUGGUUCCCCGGCACUGGCUUCAAGCGCACCGCUGCAUCCUGGAAACAGACCCUGCUUACGACGAUUGAGAAGCCGUACCGGCUUGUGCUGAAGCAGCUGGAAUCGGGCAAGUACCCUGACUCAUACCUGUCGAAUCUACUGGAAGAGACAAAAGGCCGCCCCCUCAGCGCAGACGAAGAGCAGGUUAUCAAGUGGACAGCCGGGUCGCUGUAUACCGGUGGUGCAGAUACUACCGUCUCGACACUCUCCUGCUUCUUCCUUGCCAUGGCCCUCUACCCAGACGUGCAAAGAAAAGCGCAGGAGGAACUAGACACCGUUCUUGGCUCUGCCAAGCUUCCUACAUUUGGAGACAGAGCUAGACUCCCCUACAUUGAGGCCAUAGUCAAAGAGGCGCUGAGAUGGCACCCUGUCGCGCCAAUGGGCAUUCCGCACAUGAGCACGGAAGACGAUAUCUACGAGGGAUACCUGAUUCCAAAAAACUCGCUGAUCAUGCCGAAUAUCUGGGCUUUUACACACGACGCCUCUCACUAUAAAGACCCGGCGACCUUCAAUCCGUCUCGCUUCCUAGGCGACACUCCCGAGCCAGAUCCGUCUACUCUGACGUUCGGGUUCGGACGAAGGAUUUGUCCGGGCCGGCUCCUCGCUGAUUCGAGUAUUUUCUUGACCAUUGCGCAAUCGUUGGCUGUCUUCGAGAUAUCGAGUGCUGGAGAGGACGCAGCGAAGGCGGAGUUUCUGCCGGGCGUCAUCAGCCAUCCCGUGCCAUACAGGCUGGAUAUCCGGCCUCGGAGUAAAGGGCACGAGGAUCUGGUCAAGAGAAUCGCGGCGGAGAGUCCGUUUGGAGAAGGAGGUGCAAAGGAGCUGGAAGAGAUUGUUGUGUAGCAUAAGGGCAAUGGUAUGGGCAAUGAAUUCCUCAACGAAGCGCUAGUCGGUUUCUUACAGGGUAGAGAACGAGAGAUCUUUUCAAGAGUAUAA